UCGCUCGUCGCCGUCGCCAUCGCUAUCGCUAUCAUCUAAUUCUCCAUGUCCAUCUUCUCAAAGUCUGAAUUCUCCUUUUCAGCCUUCUUUUCCCUUCCCGCCUUCCCUAACUUCUUCAAGUCAUGUCGCCGGCCCACCUUCUGCAACGGUUAGCGGACCUUGUGCCGCCUGUAAAAUCCUUGGCCAGCGAUGUACCGAUAAGUGUUAUAUAGCUUCCUAUUUCCCUCCAACGACUGAACCACAUAAAUUCACCGUUGUUGGCAGUCUUUUCGGUGGUGACGAUAUCGUCGACUACCUACAGCAGAACAGCAAUUCUUCAUCUUAUGUUCCACUAUUAUUGUUGUUGAGAGACACAAGUAAAGAUGGAACCCAAAUGCACGCAAAUCCCAGCAAGACUAGCAAUAUUAAUGGCCAACGCCAACCCAUGCUUGCCAAUUCUGAAAACUCAAAAGCCCAUUCGCACAGUAGUUCUUCAAAGCCUCCACUAAUGCUGUUUGGAACUAAUGACAACAAAGGCACUCUGACAUCUCCAGCGAAUCAUUUAGGGGAUAAUAAUGAUCUUGAAUUGCAGGCUGAAAUGGAGGAUGAAUCUCUCAAGUUUAUUGUUGAUCAAAGGGAUAAAGUUGCUCAUAAAGAUGAUAGUAAAGACUUCACAUUUGCUCAUCCCUACAUCACUUCUUCAGAGCCCCCAGAGAUUUUUGGAAGUGGUUGCCCAAACUUACCAUGGGUUUCAACUAAAGGUUCUGGUCCAAAGGGAAGAACAAUUUAUGGUGUAACGUAUGGAUACAGUGAAACUCAAAUCAAAAUUGUGUGCGCUUGCCAUGGUUCCCACAUGUCUCCCGAGGAAUUUGUUAGGCAUGCAAGCGAAGAGAAUGUUAAUCUGGAAAAUGGAAAUGGCAGUGCUUCAGCUUCGUUUCCAAGCACUGAUCCUGCAUAUAUUGAGCCAUGGUCGCCAGGAUUCUCUUCUUUGUCACGUGGAACUCAAGAGGACAAGCUGGUUGUCAAAACGAGUGGCAUACAAUCUUAUCUAGACUGGGCGUAAAAUGGAGGAGAAUAGAGGGGAAACAAAUAGAAUGAAAGAGAAAAUCAUUUAUCUUGGGAUUUUACUUAUUUCCAGAAGUUUGUAGACAAAUUCAACUCCUAUCAAAGGAAAUAAUUGUAUUUUUAUAACUAAAAUUCCCCUUCUCCUCAGCCGAACAAAAUAAAAUUAUUUCUCCUUCCUUCCCUUCA